AGCCCGCGGGCGCCAGCAGAGCAGAAGCAAGCGUAGCCUCAUCCCACAACCUUGUCCCGCAGCCUCGUCCCUCCUCGUCCCGCCGCCGCCGUGGCAUGGCCUGUCUGAUGGCCGCCUUCUCGGUCGGCACCGCCAUGAAUGCCAGCAGUUACUCGGCUGCAAUGACAGAGCCCAAGUCUGUGUGUGUCUCAGUGGACGAGGUUGUUUCCAGCAGUGUGGAUGAUGCAGAGACAGACUUGCUUAACGGGCAUCUGAAGAAGGUGGACAACAAUCUCACUGAGGCCCAGCGCUUUUCCUCCUUGCCCCGGAGGGCAGCUGUGAACAUCGAGUUCAAGGACCUUUCCUACUCUGUUCCUGAAGGACCCUGGUGGAGGAAGAAAGGAUACAAGACCCUCCUGAAAGGAAUCUCUGGGAAGUUCAGCAGUGGGGAGCUGGUGGCCAUCAUGGGCCCCUCAGGGGCUGGGAAGUCCACACUCAUGAACAUCCUGGCUGGAUACAGGGAGAGUGGCAUGAAAGGUUCAGUCCUCAUCAAUGGGCUGCCCCGGGACCUGCGCUGCUUCCGGAAGGUGUCAUGCUACAUCAUGCAAGACGACAUGCUACUGCCGCACCUCACUGUGCAGGAGGCCAUGAUGGUUUCUGCGCACCUGAAGCUACAGGAGAAGGAUGAAGGCAGAAAGGAGAUGGUAAAGGAGAUCCUGACAGCACUGGGCCUGUUGUCCUGCGCUCACACACGGACUGGGAGCCUGUCGGGCGGCCAGCGGAAGCGCCUGGCCAUUGCAUUGGAGCUGGUCAACAACCCUCCAGUCAUGUUCUUUGAUGAACCCACCAGCGGCCUGGAUAGCGCAUCCUGCUUCCAGGUGGUGUCCCUGAUGAAAGGGCUGGCCCAGGGUGGCCGCUCCAUUGUCUGCACCAUCCAUCAGCCCAGUGCCAAGCUCUUUGAGCUCUUUGACCAGCUAUAUGUGUUGAGUCAAGGACAGUGUGUGUACCGGGGGAAGGUCUCCAACCUCGUGCCCUACCUUCGGGACUUGGGUCUGAACUGCCCCACCUACCACAACCCUGCGGACUUCGUCAUGGAGGUGGCAUCCGGCGAGUAUGGCGACCAGAAUGGCCGACUGGUCAGAGCCGUGCGGGAGGGCAUGUGUGAUGCCGACUACAAGAGAGACCUCGUGGGCGAGGCCGAGGUGAACCCCUUCCUUUGGCACCGGCCCUCUGAAGAGGUAAAGCAGCCAAAACCAUUAAAGGGGUUCAGAAAGGACUCGGCCUCCAUGGAAGGCUGCCACAGCUUCUCGGCCAGCUGCCUCACGCAGUUCUGCAUCCUCUUCAAGAGGACCUUUCUCAGCAUCAUGCGGGAUUCGGUCCUCACACACCUGCGUAUCACCUCACACAUCGGCAUCGGCCUCCUCAUCGGCCUGCUCUACCUGGGCAUCGGCAAUGAGGCCAAGAAGGUCCUGAGCAACUCCGGCUUCCUCUUCUUCUCCAUGCUGUUCCUGAUGUUCGCCGCCCUCAUGCCCACUGUACUGACCUUCCCAUUGGAGAUGGGCGUCUUCCUGCGAGAGCACCUGAACUACUGGUACAGCCUGAAAGCCUACUACCUGGCCAAGACCAUGGCUGAUGUCCCCUUCCAGAUCCUGUUCCCAGUGGCCUACUGCAGCAUCGUGUACUGGAUGACAUCACAACCAUCAGACGCCGUGCGCUUCGUGCUUUUUGCAGCACUGGGCACCAUGACUUCGCUUGUGGCGCAGUCCCUGGGCCUGCUGAUUGGUGCUGCCUCCACAUCCCUGCAGGUGGCGACAUUUGUGGGUCCUGUGACAGCCAUCCCGGUCCUCUUGUUCUCUGGGUUCUUCGUGAGCUUUGACACCAUCCCCACGUACCUGCAGUGGAUGUCCUACAUCUCCUACGUCAGGUACGGCUUUGAGGGCGUCAUCCUGUCCAUCUACGGCUUGGACCGAGAAGACCUGCACUGUGACAUUGAUGAGACCUGCCACUUUCAGAAGUCGGAGGCCAUCCUGCGGGAGCUGGACGUGGAGAAUGCCAAGCUCUACCUGGACUUCAUCGUGCUGGGGAUUUUCUUCAUUUCCCUGCGCCUCAUUGCCUAUUUUGUGCUGAGGUACAAAAUCCGGGCCGAGAGGUAAAACGGCCGAGCCUGGAAGGAGGAACAUCACACGUGGUGGCCAAGGGCGUUGCCAAGUGGCGGCUGCUCGCCUGUGUCCAGUGACCCAGGGACUCCUCUGACCCCACCCUGGGAGCCGGCUGGUCAGGGGGCUCCAGCACUCAGCUUCUGUGCCCGCCUGGGUUGGAUAUUCUCUCACUACCUUUUCUAGCUUUAACUAGGAAGAUGUAGAAAGGUUUGUUUUGUUGUUACAUGCAGCAUUUAAAACACCACAGACUGGGACAGAAUUUAAAACUGCCACACAGAUGGUGACAAGAGGCUUCCUCGGUAAAUUUUGGCCUACUGUGGAGGUGACGUGAGUCCUGGACAGGGAGCCAGGACAACUUCUAUGGGGGUCACGCAGGGAGUCUGUGCUUCGGGGGGCCGAAAACCAGAGCAAGGCAUGGUCCAUCUUGUGGCUUCUUCCUCCUGGUUUUCUUUCUAAAGUCCCUCUCUUUUCUGACGAAGUCACUUUCAGAGCCAAAUGUCAGUAAAUUUCACUCCUUUUAAAAAGUUUUAUCUUUUUAGCACUUGGGGAGGACAUGUUCAGGGCAAACAACGUACUGUGUUCAGAGAUAGAGAAAUACAGCCAGAUCUCAGAGUGGUCUUGUUUCCAGGCAGAACCUGUGGGUAGUCAGUCGCAGGCUCCUGGGAGGGCAACAGCAGCACGUCCACACCAGGAUGCGGGGGUCCUUGAGUCCCACACACAGUUCUCAGAUGAAAUUGGCCAACCCUUUCAUGCCAUUUUCUUUUCUACCUGCUU